UCAAAAACCCACAAUAUCGUUAGCCUUCACCAUGAAGUCUCUUGCUCUUCUAUCCGCCCUCCUUGCAUCGGCAUCAGCCGCCGUCUUUCAUACUCCUAAGGUCUCCUAUGAUGGAUACAAGGUCUUCCGGCUGUCUGUUGAAGCCAAUAACAUUGGUCGCAUCAACGACAUUGUGGACAGGCUGAAUCUCCAGACCUGGAAGCCUGCAAAGAAAGCAGGAUCUUUUGCAGAUAUAGUAGUCCACCCUAGCCAACUGGAGGCUUUCAAGAAGGAGACGUUGGAUUUGAAGCCCGUGGUCAUGCACGAGGAUCUUGGUCUCUCCAUCGGCAAAGAAUCCGCUUUCCACCCCUAUUCUGUUGAAGCCGUCAAAGCCGUCAACAGCACAUGGUUCAACUCGUACCAUGCCUAUGCAGACCAUCUACAAUUCCUCAGAGACCUCUCGGCACAGUUUCCCACCACUUCAGAGAUUGUCACAUCUGGUAACUCUUUGAAUGGCAACGCCAUUACCGGCAUUCACUUUUGGGGCAGCGGAGGCAAAGGCGUCAAGCCCGCUGUCAUUCUGCAUGGAACUGUUCAUGCCAGAGAAUGGAUCACUACUAUGGUUGUCGAAUAUUUUGCCUACACCUUGCUCACGAGCACCGACGCUACGACUAAGGGCUUUUUGGACAAAUAUGACUUUAUUUUCUUCCCAGUUGUAAACCCUGAUGGAUUUCUGUAUACCCAAAGCACUGAUCGCUUGUGGCGCAAGAACCGACAAACAAAUUCCGGCAGCUCAUGCGUCGGUCGUGACAUCAACCGAAACUGGAAUUACAUGUGGAAUGUCCCGGGAGGCGCAUCUACCAAUCCUUGUGCUGAAGACUUCAAAGGUGCUGCUGCAGGUGAUUCUGUCGAGUUCAAGGCCCUAUCUGCCUACAUCCAAAAGAUCAAGACGGCCCAGGGUCUUAAGCUUUACAUCGACUAUCACUCCUACUCUCAACUCUUCAUGACUCCCUAUGGAUACUCUUGCACUGCCGUCGCGCCGAACAACAGUGAGCUGCAGUCUCUCGCUAAGGGCGCCGUAGCUGCUAUCCGUGCUGUUCACGGCACCUCGUUCGACUACGGCCCUAUCUGCUCGACCAUCUAUCAGGCCACUGGCUCCAGCGUCGAUUAUGUGAAUGAGGUUGUCAAAGCAGAUUACACUUUCACAUCUGAGCUUAGAGACACCGGGAGAUAUGGCUUCGUCCUUCCCGCCAACCAGAUUGUGCCCAGCGGAGAGGAGGCUUUCGCCGGCUUCAAGUAUCUGUUACAGAACAUGAAGUAAGCAUCAGUUAGCAGGCUUCCUGUGAAAAAGAAGUAAUAAAUAAAUAAAUCCAUUUUGAAUUUUCUUC